CGAGCCAACUCGUUCCCGACCGAACCAAAGUGGCCUGCGAUACGGGCCAUAGUAUGGCGAGCUCACCAUACUUUCGGUAAAGAACUCAAGAAGUGAGAAGAACACAACAAAGUGAAGACCAAGGAGACUCUCGCAUGUAUUGUCCCUUGUGUGGCCUUCACAAGACCAAGAAACUGACGAGGAGGAAGAAGAAGAAGGUACAUUGGAUCAUCUCCUUGAGCGUGGCCCGUGUAGCGAGUGUCAGACGGUCGUGGAACCAUUCCAAGGUGUCGGUGUGAUGGAGCAGCCAUUGAUCCCUGCCGGAGAGCUCCCAGAACAACAGCAGGGUGCUGUACCCCCUGAAGAACCAUUGGAUCCAAUGCUGGUCCAAAUGCAGAUGGAGGAGCAGUUGUUUAUGCUUCUCAACCAACCAAUCAUUCCGGACAUUCUGGCUUUCACAUGCGGCUGCCUCUACCUCAUAGUUGCUUACGCGAUGAUGGGUGGACUCUCCAUAUACUUGUACUACAAAUUGGCGCCACCUACCAUACCACCUGCGGCCGCCGAAACUGAAGUAAACAUCGAGUUCAUAACCACUCCGAAAGCGAAUGUCACUGUGAAGCCGCUGUGGGAUCAAGCAUCCGAGGAUAAUCCAGUGAUUUGCCUGGUGGAUGCGAAUAUGGCACUCCAGAUAGACAUGCCGUACUAUCUAACAUUAUGCAUUCACACUGUGCUCACGAAUCCACUGAAGAUCCAAUUUAAGCCAUCUGUCAAGUGGGAUACCACAGAUGUGACGAAACAACGGUACGGCGAGAUACUCACUGUGUGCAAGCAGCAAUGCAUGCUCAACCUAAAUUGGGGAUACUUUUUUAUGAACCAGAAAAACAAAAAGCUCACCCCGAAAUGGACAUCAUUCAAGUUAGGUAAUAAUGGUUUCUACUAUGACGUCGAUAUUCAGCACACGAAGACUCCGGGCUGGGAGAAACAUCUCAAGGAGUUUACUAAUGGCGUGGGGAGAAAGAAAACAACUAUUAUUCUCAACGUCGACAUCCAACUCAUCACGACCUUCGCUAAGAUCAUCCAGGAACCAAAAAUGCAGUUUGUGAGAUACCUCAUCAUAAACAAGCUCCAAAGCAGAAGCCCAGCUCGAGCGUUGCUUCCCAACCCGUGGUUGCCUUACAUGACUGGAAAUGAACCUGAUCUGAAUUCUACAUCGGAAACAGUUGCUGAGCAGCAGCGGAGCGUCAGUUCACCUAACAGUCCAUAUAAACAACGCCUGUGCAUCCUUCUAACGGCUGCCACCUACAAGGCUGUAGGCACAGGAAGUGGACCAGUGGACCCGGGAGCUAGCACCACGAGUUUGGACAUAGAACCGUUCACAGCGGCCUGCACACAUACAAAGCCCGUGAAGCAUCCCAAGGCACUCACCAUGUAUGUCCAAGACGGGGCGACCUUCUAUGGCUUCGACAAACCAGAGACUUUAUCCGAAAAGGUGAUCAAUAUGCUUUUGGUGGGCAACGUUACGUGCUUUGCAGUGGCCGAAGCAGCCCACGACGAUCGGCAGACGACAUGCACGGGAAAGCAGCUACCACUCAUUCGAGCCAUUCGGAACACAAUCGACAGCCAACCGCUCGACCAUACGCCUGUAACCCCGUAACGGACGGGAGGAAAUUGCCCAAGAAUAUUACACCCAUAAAGCAGUUGGUCUCCAUGAAAUGGACGACACGGCUUAAAACCUGAAUAAAAAGCCCUCUGACGCA